AUGAUAUUCCCGCUGGACGAGCGCGCGUCCCUUCUUAAAGUGUUCCCGUCGAAAGUGGUGGGAUGUCACAGGUAAGCUGGCGAGGAUGGAGUCAUCGAGUUACGCGCAUGGCUGCUUUCCGCUGAGCAGUCGGAUUCUCGUCAUAACAGCACGAAUGACAUGCAGAUUAGCUACUUGUCAAUGAUCUUAGCUUCUCAAGAUAUCACACGUUUUGAUUUAAAACUUGAACUAUGUGGAAUCUCAUGUUUCUGGCAAGUUCCUAGACUAGAAAGUGCUCAUAAAUAGGCUUUGCUCGAAUAGACAAUUUCACGUCACUUCCGUCUGUCUAGCGCCAUCUUGAGAACAAGAAAAAACAACAAGACGCGUCCUUUUUGUGUCUCAAUGCGCUCAUCAGGUAGGUCAUAGAGCGGUCGUCUUUCUGAAAACAAACGAAGGUAAUCAUCGGAGGCGGCGGCUCACUCCCGUCUUCUUCUCAUUAAAUUUAACGACGCCGUCCUUUCGUCGUUUUUCUUUUUCCAGAGAAGCCAUAUUGUUUCCAUAUUGUUGUUUCUCCCGCUUUACCAAACGGCGUGAAAGCAUUCUUUCGUGGCGUGCUGUCUAAUUGGAUUGUUUGGUUUUGAAACGAAACGGCUUGAGAGAAGAAGUGUCGGGUUCCGUGGCCGUCGGUUCGUGUGACGGCGCUGUACUCUGAUGAUGACGAGCCGUCGUCGCAUACCAAUUCGAGCCCGUGGUCCCUCUGCGUCAGUUCAUAAAAGCCCAAAAACACUCCAUAACAAUGCCCGAUCGUCCUUUCGCUCUUGUCCUUUUGCGUCCAAUAUUAGAGAGAAAAGGACAUCAAUUUCCAUAUAUUUCCAAUGAAUAAAUUGGCCUCUCGUUUAGAUACCUCCUCCUUCUCACUUCCAAAAUGGUGCGUCCGAUCGUUCUGCUGCUCCUUCUCGUAGCUCUCGCUUCUGCCUCCUACUCCCGUUUCGGAAGCAAUAAAGCGACGAAGUUAGUGGCUCAUUUGAGUGACGUCAUCACAAGGUUUUCUAUUUCAGACUCGAAGAGAGUCACCCGAGCAUCAACGACCAAAUGAUGCAAGGAUCUCAGAUCCGCUACUAUGGUCGGUUCAGGUAAACAACACUCAAUUUGAAACGGCAAUCAAUUCAAUCGAUUCUUUUGCAGAGACGGCUCGGACGACGUUCUGAAUCGUUACUUCAAUCGUCUGUAA